CUUGGUGAGUUGGUGUUUCCUUUGAUUGUAAUCGAACUCUGAGAAAAGCAGUGGGAAAAAACAACGAACCACUCUUGGUGUGUAAAUGUGUAUCUGAAGCUAAACAAAGCUCUCAAUCCAUCUAGUAUUCUUUUCAUUCGAUCUUCUUCUUCAUUUUCAUCUUCAUCUUCAUCUUCAUCUUCAGUUGUUGUUCCAUUUCAAAGAGGUAGAUAGAGGAGAGAGAAAUGAAAGCAGCACAAACAUGGUUUACUGGCACCGACGAAUCGGCGCAAACUUCAACGAAACCAUCGACAUCCUCCUUGUUAGCUGAUUGGAACUCUUACGCUGCUACUCAAGAUUCUCAAACUUCCGCCGAUUUCUCUUCCACUUUAGGUUUCGAUAUUGAAUCCGCCGUCAGAUCCGCCAACGACACCGUUUCUGGCACUUUCGGCGUGGUUUCUAAAGGGGUGAGAGAGUUGCCAGGGAACCUGCAGACUGCCACUAGUAAUGUACCCACAGGAAAAGCUCUUAUGUAUUUUGGUUUACUACUAGCAAGUGGGGUAUUCUUUGUCUUCAUAGCUUUCACCAUGUUCCUUCCGGUGAUGGUACUGAUGCCUCAAAAGUUUGCUAUAUGCUUCACCCUUGGGUGUGGGUUCAUCGUCGGGUCAUUUUUCGCACUGAGGGGCCCAUCUAAUCAGCUAGCUCAUAUGUCUUCGAAAGAGAGACUUCCCUUCUCAUUGGCAAUACUUGGUUGUAUGUUUGGUACAAUCUAUGUGUCCAUGGUGAUGCACAGCUACAUUCUAUCUGUUCUUUUCUCUGUGCUACAGGUAUUUGCGCUGACAUACUACGCUAUUUCUUACUUUCCUGGCGGAUCUACUGGGAUGAAAUUUCUCACUUCUGCUCUGACUUCAUCAGUAACUAGAUUAUUUGGGAGGUGACAUUCCUCAAGUUGCCUGCUUGUGUAAUUGUGGAAAUGCUUUUUUCUCCUAAUCAAACUCCUUGAUUCUGCUUGGUAAUUGGAGAACGGUAUAUUUUGAGGAUUUUUUCUUUACAAUUUUUUUCUUUUAAUCUUUUACUGUGUAGCGCUUAUUCCCCAGUUAAUAGUGAGCUAAAAUUCUUUUGCA